UGGCAAGAGUUGAGGAAGUGGUUUGCCGUUGCCUUCUUCCUUGUUAUUUCGAUUAUAAGUGAUAAAAUCGCUACUCACCCAAGUUUCCAGCUACUUCAUAAGAGUAAAGUCAAUGACCGUUUUCCCCACAUGGGACCAAUCAAACAGUUGGCCAAAUUUCUUUUUAGUUAAAGUUGCAGUAGUAUUUUGUGAGUGUAGAUUUUAACUUAUAGUUGGAGGAGGAACUGUUUCUUCGAUUGCUUUAUGAAAGGUUUCCACACAUUUACCUUUAGGCAAUUUUCUAGACUGAGUAGACAAAUUAGUUAUGCGAACGGGGAUUUUGCCCCUUUUCUUGUUUUUAUCACUGAAUCAGCCCCUACAACACCUUCUUGAUCAUUUAUCUCUGAUUCUAUAACUCCUAUUUCUUUUCUUCAUUUUAUUCCCACUAUUCUCGCCAUCACAAUAGUCUCGUUCUAGGAGGAAGAUUACAAUCAUCCAAUAAAAUUACUUCUCUGACUUGUUCCUUAGUAUUAGGUUCUCUUAUAGUAGUUGACUUAGCAUUAGAGUUCUCUGGAGUUAAACUAGUAAUAGGUGGUAUGGGUGUUCCUCUGCGAUUCCAUUUUCUUCUCUUCUGGAUUUCAGGCCUCCAGAAGUCAAUUUCCUCUUCUCCCGGAAAGAUUUAUUUCUCAGUGGCUAAACAUAUUGUAAGUUUCAGGGCUUUUAUUAUAUCUUGCCCCAAAAGAUCAUCAAAUGGUUGAGGAAUUGAAUUGUCUACUACAUAACAGAAAUACUUAAACUGCAAGGGUCCUAUUUUAAACUGGAACUCUACAGUUCCAUAUGUUUUAAUUCUAUGACCUGUUACACUUUGAAACAACACCUUCCUUUCUCUCCGAUUAAAAUCUAUUUGAGUCACUUUUUGAGCUAACGAACGGGAUAGAAGGGUCACUUUAGAGCCUGUAUCUAUAGCUAACCUGACGGGAAAAUCGUUAGUCAUACAAUGUAAACUAGGUUCAAAGUCUUGAGCUACUAUCCUAACUCCUUCUCUGAUUCGGGAUUCCCUAUACGCCUUGCCGCUUUUCUUAGAUGCGUCUAAUUUAUUCGGAAAUAGAUCCAUAGCAUGAUGUAAAUAAGGUGAUGAUGCGGACGAGCGACAUGUACUUCUAUUUCUAAAACCUCCUCGAAGUCGCCGCCAGCUUUAUUAAUUCGUCCGUAUGAGGAACCUUGUUGCUGGGUUGAAGCAGGCCGAGUUUGGUGAACAUUUCUCUGUCCGCCUGUGGUGUUACUGGGUCCGGUACUGCUGAGAAUAAGUAGUGUCUUGGUCUCGUUUUCCGCCUCUUGUUUUGCUGAUAAAUGGUUCCGCUCGCCCUCGGUAAUAACCAUGCCUUCCUCUUGAGGUGGGGUAUUGCCUUCCUCGAUUCGCUGGAUAUGUAUCUUUAUGAAACGGAGUUCCUCGUCCUUGUGUCAUCCGGUUAUCGUUCCUUAGUUUCAAUUCAUUUAAUUGUGUCUGAAUUCUAGUCACUGUAGUUUCUAAAUUAUUAUUCGAACUAGCUCCCUCUUGUUCAUUAUCAAGGUUAUUCACUGCUCUUAUAGGAAGUCAGGAUUUCCCCAUUAUUUGAUCAAUCGUCUCCUCACAAAUAGCUACCUUAACUGCUUUAUCGAAGGAGUCUGGUUUCUUCGAUAGCACCUGCUGCUUAUUCCUAUUGUUUAGACCGCUCAUAAAUUUGGCAAGCAAUCGCUCGUCUUUCUCUUUCGCUUGACACUGUUUGAUAAUCUCUGUUUCGCGUGCAUUGACUCCAGUUUGUUUCCGAGGCAAGUGUUUGCAGUCGAACGGCAUACGUUUGCAUGUUCUCGUCGUGCUCCUGCACACAAGUGUGAAAUUUCUGUAACCUUAGGGAAUAUGGCUCCUUCUCAAAGUGCUUACUCAUUUGUUUCUUAAACUCCUCAUAAGAAUCAAUCUUCCUCAUGCGAGUAUCUUUACAUGCAAAGUCCCUGGCAAUGCCAGACAAUUUCAGUUUUGCUACUCCCAAGCAUUGAGAUUUUGUCCAGUUAGUUAAUUUAGCGAUUUCAUCAAGGGAAUCGAAGAAGUCUCCUAUCCUUAAUCCUUCUGUAUCUCCCGAAAAUGUAGGAAUCAAAUGAAUCAUCCCAGAUAGACCCCCUGCUGCCAGCAUACUUCCUCCUGCCUCUCCGCGCUGACGCCCUUGGGGAUUUGCAUCACCUCUUGCCUCCAUUUAUCCCAAAUUUUGUUCAAAUCUCCCUUAAAAUCGAUCCCACUCUGACACUACUGUGAUUGCAGGGUAGGCACCUCUUUGGUGCCCUGUCAGGAUGACACCACUGUGUCUUGUAACAGACACAGGAAAAAUUUAUUGGCCGUUAAUUUUGGUUACGUGAAUGGUCGCGUUUGUGGACUUUUAGUUCUGGGAUGGAGGCGUAAAGAGAGAAUCAGAGGAAUUACACUCUGCAUAAUCUAUACAUAACGCCUGUUUAUUGUUCUCUUUAAGCUAUAUACAAUCGAUUCAGUUAACAUAUCUACUUUCUUUCCGAUUACCCGUAUUCAUGAGAGAGAGAGAGCUGACAUGUAUUUCGCGCAAGGAUAAAUACCUUGCUUUAAGUUGUCGUAUAGUUGUUUAGCCUUCGAGCCGAUGUGGCACAAAGUUUUUUCGAACGUUGAAAGUUGGGUUUGAUAUGACACAAAGUUCUUCUGAACGAUAUGGCGCAAAGUUCUUUCGAAUGGCGGCGAUUAGAAUAGUAGUGGCUAAUCCGUGUACAUAAUCCACAGUUCACACCAAACUCCGAAGACUGAUUCUUACGCAUUGCCCCCUCCCUUUUAUAAAGGGGGUAUUGUUGGGUUUUUCCACUGCCUUAUUAGGACUGUUUUUUCACCACUGACCAAUAGAGGUUUUCUUUUGUCUUUUCGUAGAUUCCAGGUGACACAUUCGAUGUAUCAUCCUCAACACGGAAUUAAGUUUGUGGGAAAAAAGUUUUAUGUUCUUUUUAUAUGUUGGGUCAUUGUUUAUUUCUCUAAACUGUUCCUCUUAUGAGAAAUUUAUUCCAAUAAAUUCGGCUUUCACACAAUAUUCUACAGACAUUACUAAUGAAGUUUUGUUGGCUGAAAGGUAUCAUCUUCAAAAGAAAAGUAAAGAACUGGAAGAAGAAAUAGAAGUAUUUAAAAAACAAAGUAAUAGGGGAGAUCCUUCUACUUUGGGACACUUUUCUUUAAACCUUCAUAAUUUAAGUUCAAAUUGAUCUUUAGCUAUGACUAUUGACUAUUUCUAUUAGUAAUUGAUAACAUCACUAUAUAUGGUUCAACACUUGACUUUAUGAUAUUUUAUUUAUGAGAAAAUGUCAAAUAAUUAUUUGCAGAUAUUUGUCUUAAAGUACAAUCAUGGAUUGUACUUCGAGACACCAAUGUUUGUACCUUGAGACACGAACAAUCCUAACAUUUUUGUAAAUCUUAACUUCCACCAGAAGAAAAAAAAGUAGUAUAUCCAAGUUUUUUCCUUUAUGGCAAUAUUAGGUUUAUCAGUUAACAAAAAUGUUUCAUAUGCUGGAAAUGCAUAUAAGUAUAAAGCUUAAAUGCUCUGUAGAAGGCAUUUAAAUGAUUGAAAAUCAAAGAUAAUCUCAUUUUUGUAUUAAGGAAAACAAUAGUCAUUACAAAUAUAGGUCACAAACAUUACUACUUACUAAUUUUAUCAGAAUUAAUACUGCAUUUCUGACAGUAAUUUUCAAAAAAGGUGCAAUCUUCGUGCACCCAGAAUCGACAGGUAACGCAUUGAAUGCAGUCUUCUGUGCUCUAAGUAGUAAAUAAUUUCACUGCACCCACAAUUAUCUUCCUCUUGAACUUCAUCACUUUCUAAUAUCACAGAAGUUUCAUCCUCAGAGCUACUUUUUUCUUCUUAAAAACUCGCUUUUUAACAGAUUUAGCAUUUUUAUUCACUUCAUUAUUUUUCUUCACGGCCAACAGAAACAUAACAACAAAAGUAAACAUAGUAAUAUUAAAUAAAUAGUUGAGAAAAGCAAUGCCUUGUACCUUGGGACUGUCCCAAGGUACAAAAAAUUCACUGUCCCAAGGUAUAAUUUUCUCUUGUUUAUAACAAAGUAUGUAUAUAAUUUUUGAAUUACAGAAAUCAAAUGUUAUUUAUUAAAAUAAGUGGUUACGAAUGAAAUUAUCAACUAACUGUUCCUGAAUUAAAUUACUCACCUCAAAAUAUUUUGAUUAAAACCAAGAUCCAAAUGGAUUGCAAAAAAACAAACACCUAUAAAAAUCAUACGACGUCACAGUGGUAAAACGAGUCAAAAUGGCCGACUUUACAUCAUGCAUUCUAAAUGUUGUAAUGAAAUAGCUACUAGAUAUCGCUACUUACUAUUUCUCAAUGUAUUAUUUUUCAAAUGACGAGCUUGUCCCAAGGUACAAGGAUCUCCCCUACUCUUAAUUUCACUAAGCAAGCAGCAUGAAGAAAUGGUAAAACAGUUACAAAAAGAAAAAAAAGAUUUUGAACAGUUUAAAAAAGAAAUGGAGAAAAAAAUGCAAGAAGAACUUGACGAAGAAAGGAAACAACUAAGAAGAGAGAGGCAGAAUUUUGAAAGAUAUCAGAAACUGAAAAAGGAUCAUCCAGAUAAGAAAGAGAGAGAGAUCAUCUCAACGCUUUGGCAGCAAAUAGAAACAUUGCAAAAUGAUAUUGAAAAGCAAGAAAAUAAGUGGUCGUUAGAAUGUCGCCAACUGCAAAAUAAAUUGGCCGUUACCGAAAAAGAGAGAGAGAGCUUAAAAAUUUCACUCAAACAACUGGAAUCCCAAAGAGUAGAGUUGCUGACUCUGUUAAAAGAAAAUCAGAAGAAAAAGCAGUAAGUAAAGAAGGAGAUUAUUAAUACUAAUCAGUCGCAACCAAUAUAUAGAACUGAAGUGAUUAAUCAUGCAAAAAAGCUGGUUAAGAAGCAGAUUAAGAAAAAUAAAGCCAUCAACGAAAAAGAAAAUAAUUACAGUGGAGCCAAGGCUGACAGAACAGAACAGGAAACAAUUGUCUUUAAGAUCUCUACGGAUCGUGAAGAAAAUUUGAUGGAGAAUUCCAAAUCAAAACAAAAUUUACCAAAGAAAAAUCUCAAAGUGCGAUUUAAUACCGAUUUGCUCAUAGAUAAACAUAAUUACGAGGCAGUUUCUCAUUUAUUACAUACAUUUGUGAGGGACGAACAGACCCACAAUAAAGUGUUAUUUUAAAUUUUAAUUAUUGGACAAUUUAAUCAGUUAAAUUCGAGCGUUUUAUCGAGUUAGGCUAAAAGCCAAAAAAAUUAUUUCCCACGGAGUUUGUUCCUUGUUGAGUCAAAUCAAGUUAGUCAGGGAUGUGUCAUCAGGAACUUUUGAUGGAGAAUCCAUAUUGGACGCGAGACCGUUAAUGGCAACCACCUGACCUCAUGGAAAAAACCCAAGAGGAAUAAGACGAGAAAGAGGAAAAAGGUCCCCGAGGUCAGUCGUCAUCCGAAGUCCCUCUACAGAAGUCGUCAUCCGAAGUCCCUCUACAGAAGUCGUCAUCCGAAGUCCCUCUACAACAGUCAUCUUCACAAAGUCCGCUCAACAAAAGUCGUACUCCAGGAUUAAAACAGUGACCCAGGAUUAACACCAAGAGGAAAAGAUCGUGCCUGUUUAAGAAUAACAUCUCCACACCUCCGUGCCUCCACCCCAGUGAACGGACAAGAUCCAGAACCAGUAGAUUGAACUUUCCAUCGGCGUAUCAUCAUCGGCGUAACCACAGAUCUUUCGACCCAGAAUCAAGGUAUUUAUCAACCCGCGAUUUGUUUGUAAACUCUCUCUCUCAACGGCCUAGUAUAAUUAGGAACGAUAAUAUGCCCGAUAUCUCUGUAUAGUAUUUAGUUCGAUUUAAUUAAAAUUGUUAUUUGUUAGAAAAUAUGGAGUCCGAGUGAGUCACUUCCUCGUCUCUCUUCUCACCUCUACUCCGAAUCCAAGCGCUCACAUGCUACCGCUCGUGUGACUUAACAUCGCGAUUUCCGAGUCCCCGAGAGACUCGGUGGUGUCAGAUUUAGGUCUCCUGACGUGGUGUCGAAGAGAUACCGACCCUACGGUCACACAUUUACAGAGAAGGAAAAUUUCAUGAAAAUCUCUCAUCCAGAUAAAAUAGAAAAUGUGUAUAGUAACGGAGAUAGAGAAUACUUAUAUUCAAGUGGAACAAAGAAACGUAUCAGUGCAGAUAAUUUGACAACAACCAUAAACUUUUAUAAUGGCGACUGGAAACAAAUUUUAUCGGAUGGGAGAAUUAUAUAUCAUCAUGCCGAAACAGGCACCGCACAGACAAUCUACCAGGACGGACUACAAAUUAUAGAACUUGCAAAUAAACAGAUUGAAACUUACCAUGUAAAUGGGGUUAAAACCGUGGUCUUUGGAGAUUCUCAAUUUACUUUAUAUCCCGAUGGUUCUGAACAGAGCAUCAUGUUUGACGGAACCAUCGUCAGAAUCGAUCCAAACGGAAUAGAAACCGUUUGUUUCUCAAAUGGUGAAAUUGAAGUAAGAACAAAUGAAUUUAAGAAACGAGAGUAUCUGGACGGAACUAUUAAAAUACUGUAUGCUGAUGGGAGACAAGAAACUAGAUACGCUAACAGUCGGAUGAGAGUUAAAGGGAAAGACGGUGAUGUUAUAUUAAUAGUAUAAAGAGAC